UUAAGAUAAAAUUCAGAUCAUAUCCAUACACAUCAGAUAAUUAAAAUUAUCAUCCAUAUUGUUCGUGUUGUUGUUAUGUGUAAAAUAUAAACAAGUGGUACUUUAGCAAUUGAUCUAAGAACUCAUUUAGUAUAUAAAGUAAUUUAGUGUUUAUUUUUCUUAUUUACGAUCAGUCUCUAUUAAAAUAUUGUACAAAAAAUGAAAUCAAUUUUCAUUAUUACAUUCUUUGCUUGCAUUGGUCUUGCAGUAACAGUUGCAAUUCCAAUGAACAUAAAAGGUCCAGCUCCAGAUUUAGAUGAUCCAAACUGUGUAGUCUGCUUUUCCGCUGGAAAUUUUAUUCAAGGAUUUAAGAACUCAGGUGAUUCCAAGGAAGAAGCAAAACAACAAAGAAAUUUUAUCUGUAACCUGUUUAACACUGACGAGCUAAUGCAAAUCUGUAUGAGCACUUAUGAAGAGGACGUCGAAUAUAUUUAUGGAGUAACUGACCUCAGAACAGUAACUGAAAUGUGCAUAGACAUGAACAAAUGUAAAGCUAAACCAAAUAUCUAAUUGUGUUUUUUAAAUAAAAACAUGUUUUUAUUGUUUUAUUUA